CAAUGAGCUGUCAGCUGUGUCGUCAAAGAGUAGAGGGAGUAGGGGUAGAGUUGGAAAAGAGAAACAUACGUGUAAUCCUAUUACUCUUUGGAUAAUGUGUGUGUUGGCCCGUCGCUGCGUACAGUAGCAGUAAAACGUGGAUGAACGUGGAACUGGCCUUGAUGGUCUUUGAGUGCCCAGUAAUUCACCUUUAAUAAUUUAUAAUGGCUUGUAUAAGAUAGCGGAAAGUUGCAGAAUUAUCCGGCAACGAUUUUUAUUUAAACCAGUUGAAUUUUGAGCUACAAUAUGGCUCCACAAAAAGGAAAGCAAGGUACCAAAGGUCAGAAGCAAAUUGUGGAUGACAAUCAAGCCACUUUAAAUUUCUAUCGCAAUAUGGUUUUUAUAGCCAGUGGAACUUUUCUUACAGUGACUUGUGUCUUCUUUGACAGCUUUACAAUAAGCAAUACAGUUUUGUUCCUUUUUGCGGCUAUUGUGUAUGUUGCCAGUUAUCAGUUCAUGUCUUAUAUGGCACGUGCCAAGUACACAGAUGCUGGGCAACUGCUAGAUGCUGGAGUUGACUUGAACAUGGAAGGGGGCAUUGCAGAGCAUGUGAAAGACCUGAUUAUUUUAACUUCCGGCUGUCAGCUUCUGUCACUCAUAAGCAAUUAUUUUUGGUUGCUGUGGCUGCUGGCUCCUGCUCGAGGUUUUUGGAUUCUGUGGCGCAGUGUAUUGGCACCUUGGUUCUUUCAAGAAGAGCCACAAUCUGCUGCAAUGACUGAAGCUGAAGAGAAGAAGCAGCGGAAAUUGGAACGAAGGAUGCGUCGACACUGACAGUCUGGUGAAAAUACAGCAUGAUGGCCCAUUGUAGAAGUCGGUCAUUGCUGAGCAGAGCUGCCAAUUCAUGGAUGUAUGGGCAGUAGUGGUUGUGGUGCAGCACAUUUGUGCCAGAAUCUAACGUCUUGGUGUUUGGGAUCAGAAUUGGGUUGUGUCCAUAACAUGUCGGCUAAGGGUUUUUAUGGUAAAGUCUGGGAUAUAUUACGUCACCUCUUGUUUGAAGGUGGGUGGCAUUUCAACAUUUUUCAUUGUUUUCAUUGUGGGUACUGAUUUAGACAUUGACUUUUGGAUGAAGAAUACCUUUUAAACAUGAGCAGUCUCGAAGAUUUUAAAUUCACUUGUAGAAGAGCUGCUUGAUAUGUCAGUGGUACUUACCCUGCCAUGGCAAUGCUUGUUACUUAGGUUAUGUCCCUCACAAUAAAAUUUUCGACUGCAUAUAAAUUUGAUCUCUCCAUGAAGAUACGUAACUGGAAUGUACUGAUGGGAAACAAGUACAGGUACACAUAGAUGUUAUUAUUUCAAGGCUAAUGCUUUGCACUGUUCGGCUUCUCUGUAAGUAAUGGGCUGUGAAAAUUGUUACUUACCACAAAUUAUCUUUUACUGAUUUUUAUCAAACUUUCUCCUUUCACCUUAUCAAUUCAAAUGUUGUGUUCUUUGAGUGAUAUUCUUUACAUUUCAUAAAAAACAAAACAAAAUACUGUUAUCCUUUUACCUAUUCCUCCCUAAUUUGUACUUUGUUUUUAGAGUACUUCUGUGCAUAUUUGCCAUUAAUUUUUGUAGACAAGUGAUCAUCUUUCUGAGUAAACAAUUCAUAAAUACAAUUCAUAUUAGUUUAUGUAGAGUAUACAUAUUUUGUUAACUGCAUUUUCAGAACAGAAAUGUGCUGGGAAUCUAUGGUAUCAAGCGAUAGUUGUGAUUUAAGUUAGCACUGCACUUAUUAAGGUGACUUGAUGAUGUGUAUUAGACAUCACUUCUACAUUAACAGCUGUAAACCCUGUUUAUGGCGUAUCCAACUACAUUUGUUGUGGGACACACUCGAACAGAACACAAAAAUAACUUUCAAAUUAAAAAUAAUCUGAAGUAAUUGUAAGUAAUUACAGAGCAAGUUGGUUAAUGAAUGACAUAAUUUUUUUUAUCUUGACUCCACAUUUCAUUGGAAAGUGUUUAUUUAAACUAAGCAAAUUGCUUGGAAGUCAUUUGACCAAGAACUCAGCCCAUUGUGAUGUUUUAGGGGAGCUUUGUUGUGUGUGUACUUGUUUUUGUUUGUUUUUUUAUGAUUCCCUUGAGAAGUAUCUUUCAAUGAAAUAUGUAUACUGUAAAACAUUUUUGUUUGUGAGCAUAAUUUUCUUAAAUAGUUGUUUAUAAAAAGCUUGCUAUUGACUUGCAAAUGGAAUAAUUAAAAUGAAGCAGAUGAUAUCAGCUAUGUACUUUUGCAUGGACCACAUACUUCUGGAAGCUCACUAUUUCUCAUCAUUUUUGACUUCCCUUUGCAAUGUAGGAGCUUUAGAUUUAUAUGCUCUUGAGGGACCAUUUUCUACCAUGAAAUCAGAUUUAAAUCAAUUGAAGACUGGCCAAAAUUUCUUUACUGUAUUUCCUAUUUUAUAAACUAACAGUAAAUUUUGUAAAGAAAUAACAUUAUCAAUUAAAACAAUUGUUUGUGUAUUUCCGUAAAAAUCUUAAAGAUCCUGAAGUUAAUUGUGAGAAGUAAAAAGAAAAAUAUGAAAGAAUAUCUACAUCUGUGUUGAAUUAGUUACAUUUUAAUUUUAUUUCCUAUCUCCUUACUUGCAAAUUACUGUGCACAGAGCAGUGAAUGUUUUAUACACAAUGCAUUAUUCAUUGAAAGCAAGUAAGUUAUGCUCCCAAGUACUGUUGUACUUCCCUUUAGUGCUGAGAAUUUGUUGAAUAUGCUUGCCAAGCAGUAUAAUAAUUUAUAUGCAUAAAAAUCUUCCAGAUUUCUCCUAGUCUUUCCUGAACCCCUAAAGUCGGGACUUAUACAAUUUUAGGAUUUAUGACUAUGUACAAAUAGCGUUGAAAAUAUCUGAAUUCAAAGUAAUUCAGGGUUAUAGUUUGAAUUGAUGAAAUCUCUCCCAAAACUUAUUCAGUGUAAUUGUUUUCAGACAAGGUUUCUAGAAAAUCUUUUUGAUAUUGUAUUAAAGAAAAAAAGUGGAAAUGUACCUUGAUUGCAAGGAAAAGGUACAGUUAAUGUGUUUUGUUUGAUACUAAUUUUUGUUGCUUUUGGAAUAUAGUACUAUGUAAAAUAAUCAUUAUUAAUUAACGUAGUGAUUGUAAGAUGGAACAUGGUAUUACAAAACAUACAAAUUAAUUAAUUUUUAAAUAAUUGCACUCCAAGUUUACAAGCAGUGUCAGCAUAACAUGCUUUGUUAUGUACCAGCAAAUAUUUCAAAUGUUUUACCAGUACUACUACGGGGAUAUUUUCCUACUUUUAUUUUAAUCGUCAUCGAGAGCAAAUGUGCAUGAUCUCAAGAAAAUAGUUUUGUUUUUCAUACAGUGAUGUAGCAAAAUAUUAGCAAGAUUUGUAUGAAAUAUGAUAAAUCCUUUUAAAUUUUAAUAAUACUUCCAAAUUUUAAAUUCUUAACUUUUAAUGUCUUCCUUUUCUGAUUAUGUGAUAUUAAUGUAAAGCUCCAAAUCUACAUUUGCUUUUAAUUUAAAGAAGUCUAAUGGCAUGCAGCUGCAAAAAUGCUGCUGUGAGUGUGUGGUAAAUGGAGGUUUAGAACAACAAAAAUUUAAUGUUCUGAAAUAGCAUAAGUGAUUACUGAAGUUUUUUCUUCCUUAACGCAUGACAUCAGCUGUGCCAUACACAGUGUCACACUGAGUAUGAGAAUAUACUUGUAAUAUCACUAUGAGAAAUUGCAGAUUAGCAUAAUCAAAUAUUGGCAUUUUUCAGUCAAAAAAACGAAACUGUUUAAUUGUUUUGUACUUUGCCAGUCUUCCUGGGUACCUAACUAAUCAGGGACAGAUCCAGAGAUGAAUCUUGGGGGAAAGGAGGGUUAUUCAAAAUGUUUUGAUUGUGAUGUGAUUUUAUUUGUUUUAAUGAUUAUCUGAAAAUUUUGUGACAAGUUAAAAUAAAUAGUUACUGAAAAAUUUAGUGGUGGUGGGGGAUUUUACUUCAUUUCCCUCCCAGUGGAUCUGCACCUGAACUAAUCCAUUGACACUUCUCACUUUGCCAAAGGCUGCGUUGUGUUGUCAAUUACCAUAUAUUUGAAAUUAGUAAUAUCAUUCAGCAGUUUUUGUAACUUCAAAUGGUCAUCUCUCUUUCAUUUAUCUAAGGAACAGAUAAAUUCUGCCAAUAUAAUAUGAAUGUUAGAAAAGUUGAAUUUGUGCGUAUAUUAUUAAGUUUUAUUCUAGUCUCUCAGUGUCAGGUAUUUUUUUGUUAGGUUGGAGCAAUCAGGACGAAAAAAACCUUUUCAUCCUGUUGAUUAGUUUCUUUUUGCUCAGUGGAAAGUUAAAAAAGUAAAUGUGGACUCAAUAUGUAAUUAAAAAGCAUUACACAUUUUGUUAAGAGUUUGUAGAGGGGUUAUGAUAUUUAUGUAGUGCAUAGUAAGUAAACUAUGCAAAAAUGUGUGUAUAAACUUUGUUACUUUUUUUGCAACCAGGAUAAGACUGAUGAAUUGGAGUGGAAAGGAAAUACUGCUUGGUAAAACUUUCUGAUUUGUUUCUUUCAGAAAAUUGUAAAUUUUCCUCCACCCUAGAUCCUGCAUUUUUGUUAUUGUCGCAAGUCAUGUACAGAAGAAUCAGUAUAUCUUCAUGGUUGUGAAUAAUGCUACUGCAAUUAUGAAUUGCUUGUAAAUAAAGAAAACCUCAAUU